UAAUGAUUAGGGUUUAACUGCUGCUAAUUUUAGUAGGAAUUAUUCUUGGAUAAGUAAAAUUUAUCAUAAUAGCUAGGCCAAAGAGUACAAAUUACCACUUAAAUUAAAUAUGACAGAUGUUGGUUGUGAUUAUAUUGAACAUUUUGAAUUUACCCUGGCCGAUUAGACUGCCUAAGUGAUUGGUUAGUUUAAUUAGUCAGGAGGUUUUUAUUAAGUAUUAAAAUCUAUUAUUGAUUUAGCUAAGUGGCUUCAAAGAUUAUUAAAGUGUUGUCUAGAACAAAUUACAUGCUUGUGACAUACAUUACACAACAUGGUAAUAUACAAUAAAACAAAUGAGAUUAUACAGAAAGGCACAAAAUUUAAUAAUUGUUGAAUAAGAUAAAGAAUUGUAGAAUACAUAGAGCUAAGAGCUGGAAUUAUAAUUAAUAUUUGAACAGACUUAAUAUGAUUUGUAGUCGAAUUAAGAACUUGCAGAUAGAAAAACAGCUAUUGUUUCAGUGUUCUUUACUACUGGUUACUAAGAAAUAUAAUCCCAUUUACCUGAUGGAAUCGAUAUGCUGCUUCCAUUCACAUAAAUUGUAUAAUGAUUAAUUGAUUUUAGAAUCGUAAAAAACCAACUUAAUAAUUUAAUGUAGAUGUAAAUCCAGAUAGAUAAUUAGAUGCUAUAUAAAGAUAUUUCUUUUAAUAUAUGACCUUUAUUGGUAAAGAAGGAGAGAAAGCUUAAAAUAUGUAUUUUAAUAGAAAGAAAUUUUAUGUUCCUAAAUCAUUUGUCGAAACAUUCUUUGGUCCUCUAGAAGAAUAUUAAAAUAUCCCAAAUUCAAAUCCAACAGUUGUCUCACAAGAUGAAAUGGAAGAGGAAAUGGUAAAGAUAUGUUAUGGGACUUUGGAAGAAACUGUAUUAAGAUAAAACUAUGCAGUUUGGCUUUGGAUUGUCGGAUUAUUAGUUUGGUGGAUUGUUAUGGUUUGCACUGAAAAUGAUACAGAAUCAGUAUUUUUGGAGGAAUAUAAAGAUAACCGGUUGACUAUGAUUCCCUUGUACAGCAUGUAUAAAUUAAACAAUGAUAUAUUCUUCUCAAAAUUAUCAAGGUAAUCACAUUAUUUGUUAUAUUUUGCUUGGGAAAUUUUAAUAAUUUCUAUAUUAUAUGGUUAGUUUCAUAUAGAUAGAACUUAUGAAGUUGGAGAUGCAAUUAUUCUUUGGUAUGGAAUUAUUGCAAUAAUACUGGCUUGGCCUGUCGGAUACUUUUUUGGAUGGAUCGUUUUUACUGCAAGAGAGUAACACAAGACAAAAAUUUAAUUGGAGAUAGAUUACAAACAAAUUACUGUAUCAAUACUAUUAAUAAAUUUAGACCAAAUCAACCCCUGAAGCUGAAAAAAUACAUGCUGCCAUAUUAGAUGAAGAAAAUAGAAUGUACACAACUUGGUAUGUAUAUUAUGGAUUUUUGUUUCUGGCAUUAUGGGCUUGCGUCCUAAUAAGCAUUUGGAUGAUGAAGUUUGUAGAUGCAGACACUUCAGGGUAUUGGGUAGCAACAAUAUUUGUUAUGAUAUUUAUGGAUCAAAUUGUCUUAGAUUCAAUCGCUCCUUUUCUACCAUUAAUUGGGGCAGUUUAAAAAUAUAGAGGAUAUUGGUACGACGCAGAAUUGGCAAGUUUAUGGAAACAUCGUGAAGAGUUAUGAU